AUGCGCAACGAACUCAGGAAGUUAGCUGCGUCGCAAGCGCCACCACAGGUGCAUGUAGUGCAGCAAGCCAUAGCCUUUUGUGAUGUCUGUGGAGAGGGUCACAACAGUGAUGAAUUCCCUGCAAAUCCCGCAUCCAUAUACGUUGUGGGUAAUGCAGGCAAGGGGCAAGGAAACAACAAUCAAUACGGAAAUUCCUACACUCCAAAUUGGAGGAACCACCUGAAUAUCAGGUGGAGUGACAACUCAGGUAAUCAGAAGCAGAACUAUCAGUCAGUACCUGCUCCUCAAGCUCCCUCAAAUAGUAUGGAAGAAAUGAUGAAAAAUAUGAUGGGUGACAUGCAGAAGAUGAUGAUAGACCAGCAGAAGUUGAUAGCAGAUAAUCAGAAUCGCGAUUUGGCAGUGCGGAAUGUAGAGAGGCAGAUGGGACAGAUAGUUGGUGCACAAAAUACUAGACCACCUGGAGGACUUCCAAGUGACACAUAUGUGAAUCCCAAGCCUUGCAAUGUUGUAACUCUGCGAAAUGGGCGAGAACUAGAGGAAGUGACUUCAAAGAAAACUGGUCGAGUACACGUGAACGUCCCCCUGGUUGAUAUGCUGCAGGGUAUUCGAAAAUAUGCUAAGUACAUCAAACAUAUUGUUGCAAACAAGAGCAGUUUCACAGAGUAUGCCACGGUUGCACUUACUGAGGAGUGCACUUCUCGUAUUCAGAACAAGUUGUCCACAAAAUUGAAGGAUACCGGAAGUUUCACUAUUGAGAUUUCUAUUGGGACACAGGUUGUUGCUCGAGCACUUUGUGAUCUAGGUGCAAGUAUAAAUCUGAUGCCAUCGUCUAUCUUCCAGAAGCUAGGUUUGGGAGUGCCCAGACCAACCACUAUAGUUCUUCAUCUGGCAGACAGAUCGGUAGCAAGACCCGAAGGCAUUAUUGAAGAUGUAUUAGUACAAGUAGGGUCGUUGACAAUUCCUGCUGACUUUGUGAUAUUGGAUUUCGAGCCAGACCUGGAAGUCCCAUUUAUUUUGGGGCGUCCGUUCUUGGCUACAGGGAGAGCACCUAUUGAUGUAGCUACUGGGCAGCUCACCAUGCGAGUACAUGAUAAAGUAGAGGUCUUCAAUGUAUACCAAGCUUUGAAGAUGCCUGCAAUAUAUGAGGAGUUGUCCGCCAUUACUGUUCUGAAUAAUGAUACACGAAGGCCACUCAUCACUUCUCAUGAUCCUUUGAAGAGAGCCUUAGUGGGGGAUGAUAUUUUUGAUGACACGGCGGCGUUUGAGAUGGUGCAGAGUCUGGAUAUGGCGAGUAUUUAUAUUCAGGCAGGCGAGUUUGAGCACUUAGACAGGACAAUAGGAGUAACUCCGAAGUUAUCAAUUGAAGAGCCUCCGACGUUAGAAUUGAAGCCCCUGCCCGCUCAUCUUAAAUAUGCAUUCAUAGGUGAGGGGGAUACCUUGCCAGUGAUAUUGGCUGUUGACCACCGAAGAGGUUAA